CUAUCCCGCCCGUUCUCCAUUUUCCCCAAAUAUCAAAUUCUCAAUCCCUAGCUUCUCGCUCUCCCCAGAUUCACAACAUUUGCCAUGUCUGAAGACUCGGAACCGCGUCAACUCGGAUGUUCUACAGCCGGCGGAGAGCUAAUCGCUCUUGGACUCACCGACUCAGACGGAGACGAGCAUCUCUUUUACCGGCAAGCCUCGGAGUUAUGUGGUCACCUACUUUCCCUUGGCCACUCAGAAUCUGUUGCACAUCUUUCUUCACGGUGUACACACUUGCAAGCUUCUCCUGAGGUCGUCAGAUUUCUCUGCUCGAUCCCGAGUUCUCCUAUCUCCCUUACCGAAGAUGGCUUGUUCGUGACUCUCUCGUGCGAGCUUCUCUCCGCUCCGGCCAGUUUCGCCUGUAGUUUGGGUAUGCCGGAAAAUGAUCUGCGUGAACGGAUUACGCGUUUUAUGGAUUUGACAUCUCACAAGCAUAAGCGAAAUGAAAACGAGGAACAAGCGGAGCUAGAGCUCAUGCCAUUGCCAAAGAAAAGCCGAAAGGAUGAAAGCAAUGUGAGUCACUACUCUAUAAUGGAUAGCAGCGCUAACGACAUGGCAACUAUUGCCAACGGAUCCAUGCUUGAGACUCUUUUAGCUUUUGAAUCCCAAGCCUCGCUUUUAAUCUUAGGUACAGAUGAUCGAGAAGUAGAGGCAUUUGACCAAAAUCCUUCUGUGGAUGUCGAUCCUACGGGGGAAAAUAAGCAACAUUUGCUAUCUAUUCAAGAUAAGCAACUUGAGAUUGGAGAUUUUGAGAUUGUUGAUAACCUAAGAUUUACGGAAGAGGAUGAGGAUAUACACGAGAAGGAUUUGUUCCCUAAGGGGGAGUCACAAAUUCCCGAUGUGAAGUCCGAUCGCGAUGCCGCUUCGAUGCCAACAGAAAAUGAGUUAAGAUCAGUUUACAUUGUGGAGGACACUGAAGAUAAGCUUGCCUUGAUUUGUAACCCGUUAAAGCAAGAAGACCAAGUUGUAGACAUCUUUAGCACCCCUGUCAGAGAGUUGCCAUUGAAGCCUUCUUCUACAAUAGAUAAUCAAGAUAGGUCUUUGGUACAGAAAACUGAGGAUCUGUGCAAAUCCUCGGGAAACAGCAAAGCUUACAGCUGUUCCCCUGAGAAAAAACACACCAAGAAAAGUAAAGCUACACAGAAGUCAAAGCAGAACUGUAACUCUGUUCGACCUAAAGAUCAAAAGGACCAGCCAACACAGAACGCAUUUCCAGAAUUUGAUUCCUACACUAUUGUAGAGGAAGAAGGCUCAGGUGGCUACGGGAUUGUUUAUAAGGCAAAGAGGAAAACUGAUGGAAAAGAGUUUGCCAUUAAAUGUCCUCAUGCUGGUGCGCAGAAAUACUAUGUUAAUAAUGAACUCCGAACGCUGGAGCGUUUUGGGGGGAAAAACUUCAUAAUAAAGUAUGAAGGCUGUCUUAAGAACGGAGAUUCUGAUUGCAUCAUCCUUGAGCACCUUGAACAUGACAGACCUGAUUGUUUGAGGAGAGAAAUAGACGUGUAUCAGCUACAGUGGUACGGCUACUGCAUGUUCAAAGCUCUGUCAAGUCUUCAUAAGCAGGGUGUUGUUCAUAGGGAUGUUAAGCCAGGCAACUUUCUUUUCUCUAGGAAGAACAACAAAGGCUGUCUCAUUGACUUUAACCUCGCCAUGGAUUUGCACCAGAAGCACAGGAGAGCUGAUAAAUCUAAAGCAGCUACAGAUCUCCCAACCGCCAGCAACAAGAAUCAUACAUUGAUUAAAUCUCCUGACACGACAAACCGAAUGACCAACAAAUCUUCUCAGAAAACUUUAGCGCCCAAUAGUCUGAAGAAAGCAGCGGGAAAGAUAAGAGCUCGGAAUGACAUGAGCAGAUGGGAAAGAUUCAAUAGCCAAGGGGCAGAAGGGUCUGGCUUAACUUCAGCUAAAGAUGUGACCAGCACGAGGAACAACCCUUCAUGUGAGAAGAGGAGAGAGCCUUUGCCAUGCCAUGGAAGGAAAGAGCUUUUAAACUUUCUGCAGGAGACAAUGUCUGGUCCAAAUCCAAACCAUGAAGCAUCAUCCAAAGCUCCUAUGUCUAUGAGAAAACGUGUCGCUGCUCUUCCAGGGAAAACUGAGGAGCUUCUUUAUCUGACCCCGAUGCCUCUGCGCUCUAACGGUCGGCCUGAAGCAGGGGAUGUAAUUAAGAAGAAAGAUGGUCCCUGCUCAGGAACCAAAGGCUUCCGAGCUCCAGAGGUUUGUUUAAGAUCAUUGCACCAAGGACCUAAGAUAGACGUGUGGUCUGCAGGAGUUACUUUGUUAUACCUGAUGAUGGGAAGAACACCUUUCACUGGUGACCCUGAACAGAAUAUUAAGGACAUUGCGCAACUACGAGGUAGUGAAGAAGUAUGGGAAGUCGCCAAGCUGCAUAACCGUGAAUCUUCUUUCCCUGAGGAACUGUACGAGUCAAGGCACUUGAAAGGUAUGGACUUCAGAAAAUGGUGCCAACUCAACACAAAACGCAGAGAGUUUCUAGACGCGGUUCCAGAGUCGCUCAUUGACCUCCUUGAUAAGUGUUUGACCGUUAACCCGAGGCUGCGAAUCAGCGCAGAGGAUGUUCUGAAGCACGAUUUCUUCCAUUCUGUCCAUGAAACCCUUAGAAAACAAAGGCCCCUUAAGCAGCAGCAGCAAACGCAAUCGCAGCCUUCAGCUGUUGCUGAUGCAGUAGGCCAAACGCUAAAAUAAUAUUACAAAUGUAAAAUAUAUAGCAAAAUACAGUCCACAUUCCAUGACAUGCAAAAAAAUUUAGCUUCUACAAAUGACUCAAUUACAGUAAUUGAAAUUAGACACUAAAUUGCUAAUAUGCAAAUUUAGUAACAAUCUUUUUACAUCUACAGUAUAAGUAAGUGCUUCUCCAUAUUUUAAGAAACUUAAUUAAAAAUGUUUAGUAAGGGUGAUGAGUGGCUAGUGGAAACAACGUAAGAAAUAUCGUGUACAGUAAGUCUUAUCUUUGUCUUCUUGGAGUCACUUUUGCGAAGCUUCUCAAUUCUACACUCUCUGCAUCUCAGUAUUACUGAUUUACAUCAGUGUUCAGAGUGAUGCCCCAGAAGAAUUUGAAUUCUGGUAUCUUUGCUUCUUCUUCUUCUUCUCGCAGCCGGAGAUUCGACGUUUUCCCGAGUUUCAGCGGUGAAGAUGUCCGCAAAGCAUUCCUCAGCCAUCUUCUCAGGGAGCUCGAACGCAAAUCAAUCAAUACAUUCAUAGAUCAUGGGAUCGAGAGAAGCCUCCCAAUCGGUCCUGAGCUUUUAUCGGCGAUUGGAGAAUCGAGGAUCUCAAUCGUCGUAUUCUCGAAGAAUUAUGCUUCUUCCUCGUGGUGCUUGGAUGAGUUGGUGGAGAUCCUCAAGUGUUAUAAGGAUUUGGAUCAAAUGGUGAUUCCUAUUUUUCACAACGUUAAUCCGUCGGAAGUUAGAAAACAAACUGGAGAAUUUGGAAAUGUCUUUAGAGAGACCUGCAAGAGCAAAACGGAGGACCAGAAGAAAAGGUGGAUGAAAGCUCUAGCAGAGGUAGCAAAUAUGGCCGGAGAGGAUCUCGGGAACUGGAGUAAUGAAGCCAACAUGAUUGAAAAGAUAGUGGAUGAUGUUUCGAAAAAGCUUAUUACACAGUCGAAUUGUUAUGGCGACUUGGUGGGAAUUGAACCUCAUUUAGCGGCAAUGUAUUCAAGGUUGUGCUUGAAAUCUGAGGAUGUGAGAAUGGUAGGGAUUGUAGGGGCAUCAGGGAUUGGUAAGAGUACCAUAGGAAGAGCUCUUUUCAGUGAAAUCUCUAGCCAAUUCCACCAUCGCGCUUUCGUCACCUAUAAGAGAACCAUUGGAGAUGACUAUGGCAUGAAGCUGUGCUGGGAACAACAGUUUCUAUCGGAAAUUCUCGGUCAAAAGGACUUGAAGAUAUACCAAUUAGGUGUGGUGGAGCAAAGGUUAAAGAACAAGAAAGUUCUUAUCGUUCUUGACGAUGUGGAUGAUCUAGAGCUACUAAAAACCUUGGUGGGAGAAACUGGAUGGUUUGGAUCAGGGAGCAGAAUUAUUGUGAUCACUCAAGAUAGGCAACUUCUCAAGGCUCAUGAGAUCGACCUUGUAUAUGAGGUGGAGUUCCCAUCUAAAAGCCUUGCUCUCAAGAUGUUAUGCCGAUCUGCAUUUCGGCGAGACUCUCCACCCAUUAACUUUUGGGAACUCGCAGUUGAAGUUGCUAAGCUUGCCAGUAAUCUUCCUCUGGGUCUCAGUGUCUUGGGCUCCUCUUUAAAAGGAAGGAACAAAGAAGAGUGGAUGGAGAUGCUCCCUAGGCUCCGAAAUGGUUUGAACGGGAACAUUGACAAAACAUUAAGAGUCGGCUACGAUAGAUUAGAUGGCGAAGAUAAAGAUAUAUUUCUUUACAUUGCGUGUCUAUUCAAUGGCAAGAACGUCGAUGAAAUCAAAAACCUGCUGGGAGAUAGUGUUGACAACAUUGGGUUUAAAUUGUUGGCUGAGAAGUCACUCAUACGUAUAACAUCACCGGAUAGAAAGGUGGAGAUGCACAGCUUGCUCCAGAAAGUAGGUAGAGAAAUAACUCGUGAAGAGUACAAGCACAAACCUGGAAAACGUCGAUUCUUGGUGGAUGCUAAAGAUAUUAUCAAAGUACUUACCAAUCAUACCGGCACAAAAGCUGUGCUAGGAAUACAUUUCAACACAUCAGAUAUCAAGGGGCCAAUAUUCUUAGAUGAAAAAUCGUUUGAAGGCAUGCCUAAUCUUCAAUUUCUAAUAGUUGGUGCGGAUCACUGGUUUCCAGAGGCUACAAACAUAUUGAAUAUGCCACAAGGUCUCCUCUAUUUGCCCCCGAGACUCAGAUUGUUUUCUUGGGAAAAAUAUCCAUCCAAGUGUUUGCCUUUUAAAUUUAAGGCGGAGUUUCUCGUCGAGAUCAGCAUGAGACACAGUAAGAUUGAGAAGCUGUGGGACGGAACUCAGCCACUUGGAAGCCUUAAGAAGAUGGAUUUGAGUUUUUCCGGAUAUCUGAAAGAAGUUCCAGAUCUUUCUAAUGCCAUAAACCUCGAUGAACUAGAAAUUUUUGAAUGCAACUCUUUGGUGUCACUUCCUCCCUCGAUUCAGAAUCUCACUAAACUGGAGAAUUUAACUAUAGCUCGAUGCAGAAAGCUCGAAUUUAUCCCAAUAUUGCCUGUCAACAUGGAAUAUCUGGGGUGGUUGGAUUUCACUGGAUGCCCCCGGUUAGUAAAUUUCCCACAGAUUCGAUUGACCAACGGUAUGGAAGAUGGAGUUUUCGUGGAUGUCGACGAUAGUUUAUGGAUCGAUAAAUGCUCUGGAUUCGACUGUUUUGGUCCCCUUUUGAGCUGUCUGCCUGGUAAAUUUGGCCCAAAACAUCUCACACAGUUAACAGUGAAAAGCAAGAAGCUUAAGAAGCUAUGGGAAGGCCCCCAGUCGCUUGGGAGUCUCAAGGAGUUGGAUCUGUCAGGAUGUGAAAACCUGAUAGAAUUUCCAGAUUUUUCAAAGACCAUCAAUCUGGAGAGACUGGAACUCAACAACUGCAAAAGUUUGGUGACGGUUCCUUCUACAAUUGGGAAUCUGAAUAAAUUGGUUACAUUGAAAAUGGAAGGAUGCAUAAUGCUGGAGGCUCUUCCAAACGAUGUCAGCUUAUCAUCUCUCGAGACACUCGAUCUCACUGGGUGCUCAAGUUUUAGAGUUUUUCCUCAGAUUUCACCGAGCAUUAAAGCUCUCUAUCUACGUGGCACAGCCAUUGAACAAGUUCCCUGCUCCACUGAGAAUUUCUCUAGGCUCGAUGUACUAAUUAUGCGUAGCUGCGAGAGGCUGAAAAACGUCUCCGCAAACAUUUUUAGAUUGGAACGUCUUGUGGAAAUAGACUUUUCAGACUGUGGAGAAUUCACGGCACUGAGUGAUGCAGCGAUGUCGAUGGAGGAUCACUUUCCUCCUAGAUCAUACGGGGAGUCAAGAUGGGACUAUUGGAACUUCAAUAAUUGCUUCAAGUUGGAUGAAGAUGCGCGGGAACUCAUCCUACGAUCACACUUCAAGCCUACGGUGUUACCAGGUGGAGAAGUGCCUGCCUAUUCCACGCAUCGAGCUUCUGGAAAUUCCCUAACUGUCACUUUACCUCAGAGCUCUCUUUCUCAAGAAUUCUUGGGAUUUAAGACUUGCCUCGUGGUUGAACGCCAAACCGACCCGGAGGCUUUCUCUGAUCAACUGGGCCUGCGCUGGUACUUCGGAGGCAAAAGUGGUAUGCGUUUUAUAAACGCUAGCUUGGACCCAAGCAAGAUGGAUCAUCUGGUUAUGUUCCGUUUUAAGAUCCCGCUAGUAGAUCUCAGUGAUCCUCCACCUGAAUUAGUACAACUCAGUGAUCCUCCACUUGUGAAACUUGAAUUUUUCGACCAUACCUGUGACUGUUGUGGCAACCCCCAGCGUGAGCCUUGUCCCUUGUCGCUCCAGAGGGUUAAACGAUGCGGUGUAAGAGUCUUGAAUGUCUCUCCAUCUGCAUGUGGUGCUACUACAAGUUCUGAAAGUGAAUACAACCAACAGUCUGAAGAAAAUAUUGAUAUAGAGACGGGUAGAAGCAAGAAGCGAAGGCGGAUGGAAGUAGGAGCAUUAGAAGAAUCCUCCAACAUAUUGUGUGGCUAAAUAGUAGAAGCUCCAAACUUGGAGCUUUCGUUACCGUCGUCAUCAGUUUCUUCGAGCAACUUUCAUGGCGAAGGAGCAUCGUUGUAUCUUUCCCUUUCUCCUUUUUCUCCAUGUCUGGAGGGAGAAGCUUUACGUGUUGAUCCCAUGAUUACUGAAGAACAAGAUACAGAAACACUCAUCGUGGAUCAUUCAUCGUCUCCACAGAAAAUCAACUUAUGAAAGUAACUGAAACAUCUUACUAUUCUGUUUUGUUCUGUUUUCAAAAUCAACUAGGGAUCUCAACCAUGACAAGCCGAUUUCAUCCAAAUAAAAUUCCUUCAGAUGUGUAACUCCCGGAGAACUUUCCAGAGAACCAGAACUCGUUUUACGGCUCUAAUUCCGGAGCCUGAGAUUGUUUGUAAUUUCUUCUUUCGCAGAAGGCAGAAGCAUUCUGUUCUUACUUCUCUGUAUUUGCUUCUUUGAAAAAUUAUAGCUAUACCAGAUUUUGUAUAAAAAUUUAGCUAAGUUUUGUAUUUACCAUUAUCAAAGUGUUGAACUCAUACAGUGAACGAUUAAUACCUGAUCAGUAAUAUAAUUGAAUUGUAGGUGC